UUUUGGAUCUUCAGAACAUAUUAUAAAAUCGGUCUCUGGUUUUUGUUCCCUCCUACUUUGUUUCUUGUUCUUUCUUGCUCCUUUAUGUCUCUGCUCUCCGACGCAACUUUCCAUCUAUUCUAUUGAGCUUCCUUGCUGUUGCAAUUGCACCCUUCAAUCACAACUCCUUCCCUUCUCUAUUCAUCUGUUCAGGUACCUGCAAGAGAACACAUUGUAAAACAAAAAGAAAAAAUGGCCUUAGAUCAGUACUUGGAGGAGACUAUGCCCCAAAUUGAUUCAUUCGAAGAUAAACAAUCUUUGCAAAAGUGGAAAUCUUCCAGUGAUUCCAUUGCAGAUUCUGAUAGAAAUGCCUCUUGUGCCUUUGACUGCAACAUAUGCCUGGAGUGUGUGCAAGAUCCUGUGGUCACUCUUUGUGGUCAUCUCUACUGUUGGCCUUGCAUUUACAAAUGGCUUCAUCACCAAAGUAUCUCUUGGGAAACUGAAGUGCAGCAGAAGCCAAAAUGUCCUGUAUGCAAAUCAGAAGUCUCUCAAUCUUCCCUAGUUCCAUUAUAUGGCCGUGGCCAAACCACAACACCACCUUCAAAAGGGAAAGUCCAUCAAGUAGGGAUUGUGAUACCAAGAAGACCCCUGGGUCCCAUUUCAUAUAAUACAACUGUUUCCCAACCUAUUUCACAAAGUUAUCAUCAUGCCCAUCAUUCUUAUCAUCCUCAACAAUUCAACUCAAUACCAAGCAGUUACACCUCACCAAUGCUUAGCACAAGUGGUUCACUAGAUAACACAUUUGGAAUCUUUGGUGAGAUGAUAUUUGCAAGGGUCUUUGGUAACCGGGUGGCAAACAUAUAUACAUAUCCUAAUUCGUAUAAUCUUUCAGGGAAUAGUAACCCAAGGAUCAGAAGGCAUUUAAUGCAAGUUGAUAAAUCACUCAGCAGGAUCAGUUUUUUCCUCCUUUGCUGCCUAGUUUUGUGUCUCCUCUUAUUCUGAUUGCUAUUUUAUUUUCAUCUUUAGUAAUAUUACAUCCUUGAAUAGAAUACGUUCAGUAAGCAGAUUCAGCCAGGUGUAUUAUAUGUUAAGUAAGAGAAUUUGCAAAUCAAUGCUGAGAUAUGUGAAAUUACCAAUCUCGUUUUGAACUAUAAUGAAAUAGAUGUUUGUAUAACUUUUGGUAUUUUAUUUUU